AUGGCGAGUAGACAGCAAUCAGACAUCGAUAAAUUGGAAAAACAUUUAAUGGGGAAACCAAAUAACUUCUUAAGCAGAGGUGAAGUUGAAUCAGUAUGGACGAAUCUUAAAGAGCGUAUUAGACAUACAAACGGAAAUGUUGGAAGUGCUUUUGCAGACCUCGAGAAUGCAGUAGAAUUACAAUUCAAGAAAUCUUUCCUAGAAAAACGAAAAAAGAAAUAUUCAACACUGAAAAAAUCAAUAAUUGCUGCUUGUAGUGAGAACAAGUCGACAGAGGAAGCAAGAGGCAAACAAUUGACGCAAGCACAAGAAACUUCACCAGCAGCUCUGUCAAACUUGUCAGAUAAUCAGGAGAACAAGACACCAUCCAGGCAAUCCAGGGGUCCAUUUGGUGAACAGGAGACUCACCCAAAGCCUAGUACAAGUGGUUAUGGAUUUUCACCACGAAACGACAAACAACCAAGUGGUGAUGUGAGAAAAUGUGAAGGUAUAAUUCAGACCCUACAGGAUAAGCUGGAUCAACAGAGAACGGAAAAUGAAAUAAAUAGACAGGAAUUGAAAGAUGAAAUUAAAAUCCUUAAGCAAGAAAAAGACCAGUUGAUGACAAGGUUGAGUAAAAUGGCCGGAGACAAAUUAACACACAAUAAUCCUGGUAUCGCAGAUCUGAGUGACCCUAACCGACCACAGAAACUGGCUGAAAAGUACGGCGAACUGUACGAUAACGAAUGGACAGAUGCGAUCGAAAAGUUGAACUCUAAAACAGACGACAAGGAACAACGUCGAUGUAUAGACGUCCUGGCAGACAUACUUGAGUUUUGUUACCGUGAAAGUGAACGAGUCGCUGAAAGCCAGUUAACCCAGCUGCAAAAUGAUUGUUUCACUCUUCCACCAACCGGGAAACAGAAAGGCGUCAUCCAGGAUGCACCUGAUUCUGCCAGACGUCAUCUUUUAGAAGCACAAUAUAGUGCAUCUCGUUUCACGAUGAAAGCUGCCGUUGACAUUGUGACAAAAAGUCUUCACAAGCAAAGGAAAUCAAAAGGAACAGCGAAAAAGAUACCACGAUUCACAGCCAAAUGUAUUGAGAUUUGUUGGAGCAUGGUAACAAACCAACCGCGAAUGGUUUUUCUGUGGCCUGAUAAGAAGAAAACAAGCAAGAUAGACACCAGUAUGUUCGACUUAUACACAAGGUCAGGGGACAUUUUGGACUUUGUUGUGUGGCCUGCUAUGCUAAGCUGUAUGGACGGCCCAUUGUUGAGGAAAGGAACCGUACAACCGGUAGCAAAACAAGCUACAUAGGCAGCAUUUUAUGGAAGAAGCAAUCUCAUGAAUUGGAUAUGUAACAUAAUGUAUUGUAGUCGUAGAAGGAUUCUUAUUUAAGAUGUAGGGUUUAUCAGUCGAUGGAAGCAAUUUGAGACAGUACGUGUAUUCCACUUUAUACUGUCUCUACACAUUUCAUUUUUCACACACUAACGUCAAGGUAUCGGGAACAAAUAUAAAAAUGUGCCAUAAACGACGAAAUCCUGACAGAAGCCUAGAUAGAUAUAUCAUAAUGGAGAUAUCAAUUCUACAGAACAAUUUAACAUAAAUAUCAAAGGCAAACAUAUGAUGAAUACAUCCUUGCACGACUUAAAUUUUGCCGACACUUUCCCACGACUUACCAUGGGGCAGUAAUCUCACAAGACAUUUGUUUCAAUCAUAUUGUACUUGUUGUUUUGUGUGAUCAAAUAUGACAAGAAGUCGUUGCAAUAAUCUAAUUACAUGUACAUAGUAGAAGGAAAACUAAUGACAUGCUCGUCUUAAGAUGUGAUACAAACUUAUAAUAAUCUAAUUACAUGUACAUAGUAGAAGGAAAACUAAUGACAUGCUCGUCUUAAGAUGUGAUACAAACUUAUAAUAAUCUAAUUACAUGUACAUAGUAGAAGGAAAACUACUGACAUGCUCGUCUUAAGAUGUGAUACAAACUUAUAGUGUGCUUUGAUGCAAGCUUCAUCGUCAUAUGACAUGAUAUCAACUUAAUUAUCAAUCAAAAUGCAACAAUAAUUGACGAAUGCAUUAUGUCGAUAUUUUAUACAUGUACGUAAAUGUGGGUUAUAAAGAUACCAGAGAGACCUGGACUUUAUACUUAAAUAUUUUCAUACAUAUACGGCUUGCUGCAGAAGCACAAAUACAACCAGGUAUUUAAUAUUCAACAACGACAUAAUAUCAGACCAUUCAAAUAUUAUUAGAUUUGAAAUCACUAUAUCGAAAACAGUAUUUCAAUUGUAUUUGUGUUAUGUUUUAUUAUUAUUAUUGUAUGGAAAUAUAUCGUAUAUACCUGUAUCGAUCCAAUACUCGUGUAUAAAUAACCAAACACACAUAUGUGUGGUUUAUAUUUUUAUUGACGUAAUGAAUUAAACGUCAUAUUUUGUCGUUCCCUCGUGUCAAAUCAAAUUCUUGUCAAUAAUAUCAGGCUCUAUAGUGAGUACCAUGGUAGAAUAUGUAAUAGAGAAAUAAACAACACACUUCUUAAUAUUCAUCAGUUAUUUUGCUCAUAUAAACCGUCAUAUCACCAGAUAUUUUGUAACUUUAUAAAAUAGUGUACGUCAUUAGCCGAUAUAUCCGAUGAACCUUAUUACAUUUUUUUAAUUUCUUUAUUGCGCAUGCUAUUAUAUUAACUAUUAUCUUAGAAUUUUGCUCUUUUUGACAUUGAUGUACAUCUACAGUGUAGCUUCAGAUUUGUCUUUGGGAACGUUUUUUCGUUUCUUUUUUUCUCUCACUUUUUUGCUUGUCUUCAUUGCUCACAUAUGCGUCGUUUAAUCUGUAAUAUUACAUUGGGAAGCACAUGUUCAAUUUAGUUUGGCAUAUGUAUUUGUCAAAUCAAUGCAUGAAAGUGUUUAUUCCGUAUUUUGUAAAACAAAAAAGAAGGAAUUGUAUUAAGUGAAAGGAUGUUAAGUCUAACUCAUAUUAUCGUCUAAAGCAUAUCAUCUACCAUAUGAAAAUUCAUUUCUACGAAGAAACUCGCUAUGCGAUAUUCUUCCUUUCUUGGAAUAUCGGGAUACUGUAACACAUUACAAUGCAUAUUUUAAGCAUCAGCGCUUUUCAUGAUGUGACUUUAGUGAAAUAAAAUGCGAUGAUAAAUACAUUUGAAAUCUUUGUCUUAUUUCAAUUUUUAC